UGAACCCUCAAAUUGCCCUCAAAAGAUGAGAAUUUGAGACCCGAGUAAUCGCUACUCCUCACCACCACCACCACCAUCACCACCACCACCCUGACCAUCCCCCGUAACACUACUCAAGCCAUGGCCAGUGACGCAGCUCCCGAGAGUACGCUUCCGUACCCUCCGCUUCACAAGGACAAGAAAUUUGUUGUUCUCUCCGACUGGGAUGGGACGAUCACGACGCGCGAUUCUAAUGAUUACUUGACGGAUGAGCUCGGAUUUGGCAGGGAGAAGCGCAGGGAGCUUAACGAGUUGAUUUUGGCGGGAGAGCGGACCUUCCGGGACGCCUUCCGGGAGGACCUCGAGAGCGUUGUGGCGAAGGGCCAUUCGUUCGAGUACUGCAAGGAAGAGCUCGUAAAGCACAUCAUCCUUGACUCUGGUUUCCAAGAGUUCAAUCGCUACUGCGAUUCAACGGGCAUCCCGGUAGUCAUCAUCUCAAGCGGAAUGGCCCCUCUCAUCCGUGCCGUGCUGUCAAACCUUGUCGGCGAGGAGGACGCGAGCAAGAUCGACAUCGUCUCCAACGAGAUCAUCAUCCACCCAGAUGGCAAGUGGGAGAUCCAAUACAGGCAUCCGUCUAGCGGAUUCGGCCAUGACAAGAGCCAGGCUAUCUUGCCGUACCGUAGGCUCCCGAACCCUCCGACGAUUUUCUUCUUUGGGGAUGGUGUUUCGGACAUGUCUGCCGCCAGGCAUGCGGAUGUUCUGUUUGUGAAGCAGAAGGCGGACGGCGAGAACGACCUGCACAAAUACUGUGUACAGCAAGGCAUCCCGCACAUCCUCUUCUCGAACUUCAAGGACGCUCUCAAGAUUGUACGCCAAGUUGUAGAGGGGAAGUUGACUGUCAAGGAGGCACUUGCAAUUGGGCAGGCCUGAUGAUGGGCUGAGAUGUGGUCUACCAUGCAUCAGACUCGGCGUAGAAGUAUCAUUCAGCUGUAGAGACCAGGUCGUAUACCACAGUAGAAGACGAAUAGCCCAUCGCAGUGGACAAUCAAUAGACGCAUGUACUCAGGUACUCAAUAAUGCCUAAAGCUUGAAGGCUUCAA